GCCCGGACCCAUCGCGGCCCGCGUAGGGGCCGAGCCGGGGCGCCAGGGAGCCGCGGCUCCGGCCGGCGGCGCCGUGGUUGUGGGGGAGCCGGGACGUAGAGGUCGCCUUUCCGGCCGGGAAGCGGGGCCGCUGCCGCCAGCAGCGCUGGGAGGGCCGCUGGAGGCCGCGGGGGUCGCGGUGCGCGCCGGCCUCCCCCCGAGCUGGCGGCUGCGAGGCGCAGCCUGGGGGUGCCUGGGGCCGGGGGAGCCGGAGCGGCCGCCGCCGAAAGAGCCGGAGCGCGGAGGCUGCGCGGCGGCGUUGAUGCGGCAGGAUGACAGUGAAACUGGGCGAGAGCGGCGGGGAGGAAGGGGUGAAAAAGCUGGGCAAGAGAGCAGGAGGAGAUGAGGAGUCCCUGGAAGAAGAAGGGGCAGGAGGAGGAGGAGAGGCAGCUCCAGGCAGCAGCAGCACAAAGAAAGAAGAGAAGAUCAUCAACAGCAGCACUACCAGCAGCCCCCCGCCGAACCCCAGCUUAGCCCAGGCCCCGGCUGCCCUCCAGCCCUCCCACAGCCAGGACCAGCAUCAUUUUCUCAGGUCCAGUGUCAGACCUCAGAGCAAGAGGCUGAAGAAAGAUUCCCAGGCAUCCUCUUCAGUUGGCAGCAGCGCUGCUGUAAAAGGCAAAGCGUCAGAUAAUGGAGGGGCUGCAUCUGGUGGCACAUCAGGAAUACCUCCCAGCAAUCCUACCGGGAACUCCAAGUCAGCAGCGAGGAACCUGGGCUCCUCAGCUGGAGAGAAGGAGGAAGGAAAGAAGGUCAGGAGGCAGUGGGAGUCGUGGAGCACAGAGGACAAAAACACGUUCUUCGAGGGACUGUAUGAGCACGGGAAGGACUUUGAAGCUAUCCAGAACAACAUUGCCCUGAAGUACAAGAAGAAAGGCAAGCCAGCAAGCAUGGUGAAGAACAAGGAGCAGGUCCGCCAUUUCUACUACCGCACCUGGCACAAGAUCUCCAAGUACAUUGACUUUGAUAAUGUGUUCUCUCAAGGGCUGAAAAAAUCAUCCCUGGAGCUUUAUGGCUUAAUCUGCUAUGGAGAACUGAGGAAAAAGAUUGGGGGAUGUAUGGAUGACAAGAAUGCAGCUAAACUUAAUGAGCUUAUUCAGGCUGGGGCUACAACUGUUCGUUACAAAGGCAGAAACCUUCGUAUCAAAGCUCCCAUGUGCAGGGCUUUGAAGAAGCUCUGUGAUCCAGACGGCAUUAGUGAUGAAGAGGAUCAGAAGCCAGUACGUCUUCCUCUCAAGGUCCCCGUUGAGUUGCAGCCACGAAAUAAUCAUGCAUGGGCUCGAGUGCAGAGCCUUGCCCAGAAUCCACGGCUUAGGAUGAUUGUGGAGCUACAUCGGAAGGUGUCCAGCCUUAUUGAAUUCCUGAAGCAGAAGUGGGCUCUCCAUGAAGUGCGUAUUCGUAAAACACUAGAGGAACGGCAGCUUCAAGACUCCAGAGAUUCGGAAACAAGAGGCAGCCUCUCAGAGGAGAAAGUGAUGCUCCAUCUCUUUCCAGGAGAGAAUUGUACACUCACCCCACUGCCUGGGGUAGCCAGAGUGGUCCACUCCAAGGCUUUCUGCACGGUGCAUUGGCAGGAAACUGGCAAAUGCAAACAGAACACAAAAGACUCUCACUUAUUACCACCUGCACAAAUUCUGGGCAUACAGAGUGGUCAGGGGACAGCUAGGGGACAGCUAAAAUACCCACGAGGAACAGAAGGCAAGAGUGUUGGAAGGGCCGAGAGCGCUACAGAAUCAAGCAGGACCUCUCAGCCCACAGCUGAAGUUUCUGCAAGCACUGAAGAUGGCUCUGCAGAUUCUGGCCCGGUGGAAGGAGCAGCCUCAAACCUUGGCAUCACUAACUCACUCAGCAAACCGCCUUCUGGACUCCAAGAUCCAGAAGGGAGUCAGGAAAAGCUGAGCUCAGCGGCCUUCUGUGUGGAAGGCAGGGAGGCCUUGGCUGGUGACCAAGCAACUGUACUAGCAUCGUGCAGCACAGCUUGUGCUUGCAGUAAGAUCCCUGAUGUGGAAGAGCUCUCUCUGCUCGAUCCAUUCCCACGGUACAUGAAGUCCUGUCAGGACCUGAUUGUCCCAGAGAAAUGUUCUUGCACGGACAAACUACAUGGGAAAGACUCUACUCCAGCAGCUGGUAAUACUUCUCCUGUGGCUUUUCCAAGUGGGAGGAGCACAGAGACAUCUGACUCCUAUUCUCAGCUGCUGAGAGGUGGUGUGGCUUCACCCAGCAGUGGCACAGCCAGAUGUGAAGCUCAGGCGAGCCAGAGCCAGCAGCUUGAUGCUUGUACCAAGGAGAUAACAGAUGUAGUAAUGGAGGAUUCUCAAGAGAAGCUGAGCUCCUCAUUUCCACCUCCACCUCAGGGACAAUCUAAUACGAAGUCUCUCAAGGAUGACCCAAGCCGGCUCUCUCAACAAGUUAGAGAGGAAGGAUGGAGCCUACGAACUUCUGAGAGCCUUACGCUGGCUGAAGUCUACCUCAUGAUGGGCAAACCGAACAAGCUGCAGCUGGAAUACGACUGGCUGGCUGUCUUGGAGCCAGAAACCCAGGAUGCUAGGGAGCAAACAUCUGAACCAAGUGCUGUUCCUACAUGUACUACCUUUCACAAGCAGAGACUCCUGAACUGCCUUUUAAAACUCAUCUCUACUGAAGUCAAUCCCAAACCAACCCCUGAGAUGAGCUCUGUUGCCACAUCACCUAUAAAGCCUACGCAGGAGGAGCAGUCGCUGACUCCUCCAGGGAAGGUGAUUACCAUCAGCACCAGAAGUCCAGGCUGCACUCGAAAUCAGUCUGCCCUUCGCAACAACAAGACGUUUUCUCCUGCUGCUGCUUCCAGCUCCUCAGGUUUGAGGAACCUCCCCAGACCUCUGCUGGUGGCCGGUCCGUCGAGCUCUGGAAGCGCCGAUGCUGAUGGUGGGCUCUUUGCAGUUCCUACAACUCUGCCCCCCAACAGCCGCCACGGGAAGCUGUUCCUGCCCAGCAAGGAAGCGGAGCUGACCUUCCGGCAGCACUUAGACACAAUCAGUAUGCAGUCAGACUUCUUCUUGCCAAAGCCAAGGAAGCUGAGGAACAGGCACUUGCGAAAGCCGUUAGUAGUUCAGAGAACACUGCUCCCCAGACCAUCUGGAAAUCCGUCCCAGCACGUGUGUUCCUUUUCUAUCCUAUCCAACUCAUCCAUUACAGGGAGAGGUUCCUUUCGGCCGAUCCAGUCCUCACUGACUAAAGCUGCCGUUUCUCGUCCCAUUGUGCCCAAAGUUCUUCCAACGCAGGCUGCCAACCAUCUGUCCAGUGCUAUUGACUUGGCAGCUAAAAGUGCUGGUAUUAUCCCUGGUAGCCCCGUGCCUGUCCUGGAUGCGGAUGGUUUGUCAGGUGUGUCUCCACUGUCACCAGACAGAGUGACCACAGUAGUGACGGGGCAGGAGUCAACAGCUGCGCAUCAGAAUGGAAGCUCCAUCACCGCUGUGGAGGGAUCAGGCCCUGGGUGUCGAGUUCCAUUCAUCAGCCUGCCAACACGUCAUGAGCAGGAGACAGUUCCUGAUGGUUUUCAGGGCACAUCAGUCCUUUCCCUGUCAGAACUGCCCAAGACUCCCCUCCAGAAUGGUCUUUCCACUCCUCCACUUCCUUCACUAGAGGCUUCCAGUACCCGGCUCUCUCCUCCCAAUGUUUCAGCUCUCUUGGAUAUUUCUCUGCCUGGACCACCUGAGGAUGUGCUUUCUCAAGGAGAACCUGCCACUCAAAUCAGCGAUUCUAUCAUUGAAAUAGCGAUAAGCUCUGGUCAAUACAGUGAAGGUGUUUCUCUCUCUCCUGCAAAGCUGAAUGGCAGUGACAGCUCCAAAAGUCUUCCGUCCCCAUCCAGUAGUCCUCAGCAGAACUGGAUUGCCUCUCCCAGCCACGAUCCUCAGUGGUACCCCAAUGACUCCACAGACUCGUCUCUCAGCAGCUUGUUUUCAAGUUUCAUAUCCCCUGAAAAGGGACGAAAGAUGUUGCCAACUCCUGUUGGGACUGCCAGUGGCACCUCCUUACUGGGACCCAGCCUUCUGGAUGGAAACUCACGGGACUCUUUUGUAUCGCGGUCUCUGGCAGACGUAGCAGAGGUUGUGGAUUCCCAGCUGGCUUGCAUGAUGAAUGAAAACAGCAUUGAUUACAUAUCUCGUUUUAAUGACCUUGCCCAGGAGCUAUCAAUACCUGAGCCAACCCGCAGGGAAAUUCUGUUUGAUGGAGGAGGUGGUGGUCCCCCUAUUGGAGAUCUCUCACAGUGAGUGUAUGAGACCAGCAGGCUGGUGUAGACUGUUCAGCUUAAGUUGGAGCUUGCAGUGCUGGAUCAUGGCAAGGGCAGAUUGCAGAAGCUCAGUUGUCCCCGUCUUGUGCACUUCUUUCUGAAAAAGAAGCAUUGUCUUCAAAGGUCUGAAGAACUCCUUGCAGGUCCUGGAAUGUGCAAUAUACUGGGAACAACAAAAUGUGGAAUGAUAUUACAGAAAAUGGUGUGUCCCCUGCAUCAGUGAUAAAAGGUGGCAGGUUUGUGAGGCAGUCCUGGACUUGUACUUUGGAAUGGCCAAGGCAAGAAGCUCAAGCAGGAAAGGGUAUUGCCAGGAGCUCCCCUACAUGAAUUGUUUUUGCAUAGUACUCAAAAUACCAUGAUUUGGAGUCCACACUGAAGUUGUGGAGAAUGAAGGGUGUGGGUAGGUAUGGAAACUAUUUUGUGUCUUGACACGUCCUAGUUGGCACUCUUUUUACGAAUUCAGUCAAACUGAAAUUUGUUGCACUCUCUUCAAAGAUGCUGCAACUCUGUGAUGCUUCAUUUUUUAGACCUUUAUGUUUCUUUGGCCGUCUUUCUUUGUUUGACCAUUCCAGCAGGGGCACACACCUGCUUUCUUGUUUUGUAGGGGAGCUCUGCUUUACCCUACUCCCAGAUUGCAUGGAUCCCUGGGGAGUUUACUCUAGUUUGAAACCCCUUCACGUGUCACAGUCAUCCUUCUGACUGCACUCACGUUCUUCACCUUUGAGGUUCUUCACCACAUGGAACAGUUCACCCCAUGAGCUGGAGAGUGCUCUUCCACUUUCCUUGAAGAACUGUUGCUUUUCAUGUCAGGAAACACUGCAAAAGAGCUUAUCACUAUGAAAGCUUUGUCAUUAGUUUUGGCUGUGCUGGAAACCUGUAUAUAUUGCUAUCUUUCUCUUAAAAAAAAAAAAAAAAAGGCAAAAAAAAAAAAAAAAAGCAAGGCC